CGGCUAUGCCUCGGCCGGGUCGCUUGUGUUUUACGUGAUAUUACGGUUUUUUUGAGUAAAAUAAAAAGGGAAAAUGACGUCGGGAGCAUAUUGCGCGGUCCAGGGAUGCAAAAAUCAGAAGACAAUGAAGGAAAUUUCGUUCUUCAAGCUGCCCACGGACGCCAAACGUCGCGAAGAUUGGCUGUACAUGAUAGGGAGGCCGGACCUUCUUCAAAAGCCAGAUCUCAAGCCGGAGUGCCAUUUCGUGUGCCACAUCCACUUCGAGGAGUUCAUGAUGAUCAGGAAACCCCUACUCAGACCCACCGCCAUCCCCACCAAGAACAUCCCCACCCUACCCAUUAUUAACGAAGCUGUCAAAACCCCCACUACCAAAGAAGACAAGAGCACACAAACGCGCAAAAAAUUUUACAAAGAUUUAGUCAAUUGUAAAAGUACUGGUGUCUUAACUAAUGGUGAAGUGCGGAUAGAAUUAGAAGGAGAAUUUGGACCUAAGAAAGCUAAAAAAAGGAAGCUGAAAAGCCAGCUUAGUGAAAGUGAAAAGAAAAUGAAGAAACUAGAAGCAGAAGUAGUAGAACUGAAGAAACAAUUGGCAGCUGCCAAGGUUGCGACACCGAGUCGUGCAUCGAUUGAUGCGAAAUUAGCUAGAAAUGAUACUAAGACUGCUGAUAGUGUAUCUAUUACUCCAUUCCCGACUUCGGUUGUUUGUGAAACUGAUACUAAAAAAGAAAAUAUUGUUAUAAAAGUAGAGAUUAAACAAGAAAUGUUAGACGAUUAAAUUGUCGAAAAAAUUUUAAGUGUUAUAAUAUUUAUAUUCGUCUCUCUUAUCGCUAU